AUGUGGAGCUCUGGCUGGUGCAGUGGCGACGACGACCCGGAGCAUAAACGAUGCGUCAUCUCCGACGCGGCGCGCAAGCGCGCGGCCAAGCGGUACACCAAGUAUGGGCUGCCGCGCGGGGCUGCUGCGGUGAAGAGGGAGAGGGAGUCCGAUGACCUCCCCGCCGUCAAGAUCGAGCCUGGGGAGGAGCGCUCGCGCGACCGCGGCGUCAUCGGGUCGGAGGACUACCUCGUCGGGCCCGACGCGGACGCCUUCGAGGCGGCGCUCACCGAGCGCACUGCGCGUGAACAGCAGGAGGAGGAUACACGUCGCCGGCGGGACGAUGAGCUCAGGGACCUCCUCUUCGAGCAGGCGCUCGCCGCCGACCGCGAGCUCCACGAGAAGCUGGGCGCAUGGCGCCGUGAGCAUGAGGAGCAAGACAAGAAAUACAUCGAUCUUGUGUCUUCCGACUCCGACGAGUGA